UCCAUAUUUGUUGAAUUUCUAAGAUUUUGAGGUUUAUUGUAGUUAGUGAUUACCGGUCUUUCUUGACAGGGAACAUGGCAUCUUUCUUUAAUGCCGCCAUUUUGCUGGGAUUACUUGGCUUAUCGUCUGCUCUUCUGGAACCGAUUCCUUUUCCCACCGAUUUACAAGAAUGCUACGAGUACCGCUCCGAUAACGUGACAGCAUCAGCUGAGUCUGCAAUCUACAUUCAGAGCAUGUGUUACAGGAGUUUCUUAACCGACCAGAUGACCAAUGGAAAAGUGUGGUCCGGAGAAAAUCUCACACAGGAAGGUAUUAACUACAUCGAUAGCUUAUUCCGACGAAUUAUGGCAGAAGCAGAUGAAGUCGAAAAGUACAAGAAACUAGGAGGACGUCAGAAAAGGCAAACGUCUACUAGAAGAUUUAGACAAGAAGUGCGCAGUCCUGGAGCUUUUCAACCAUAUGCAAAUUGUGUUCAACGACUUCAAAAUGAGACUGUGGAACCUGCAAGUGCGGGGCGGAAUACUUACCAAACUCUUGCCGCCUUUCACUCCGGUAGAACCCUGGGGAGAGCGCACAAUGGCCCAGCCUUCCUCCCGUGGCACAGGAUUUAUCUCCUGCUUCUGGAGACGGAGUGUGAUGCCGCGAUACCAUACUGGGACUCUGGGUUAGAUCACGACAUGGUAGACCCCACAACAUCCAUCCUCUGGAGCGAUCAGUAUUUUGGAAAUGGCGACGGUGAGGUCAUGAGUGGACCUUUCCAAGACAUGCGAACUCUUCUUGGAACGCCAAUUAUUCGCAAUUAUGGAACCGGUGAUAGUUCUUUAUUCACAAAAGAGGGUCUCCGGGCUGUUUUAAGCCGAAGAAGAUUCCAAGAUAUCUCAGAACCACUCCCAAGGGGCAGUAUCUACAGUCUGGAAGGCCAUCAUAAUGGCCCACACGUUUGGGUCGGAGGACACAUAUCAGCUUUGAACUCUGCGCCCUGGGACCCGGUCUUUUACAUGCAUCACGCGUAUGUUGAUGCUGUUUGGGCAAGAUUUAGAGAACUGCAAAUCCAGAACGGGUUUAACCCAGAAACAGAUUAUCCAAGAAGGCCACGCCAAGGACAUCGUCGUAACGACGUGAUCAACUUUGGGCCAUAUUUCGAGCUCGUUACAAAUCUUGAAGCCAUGGCAAAUCGUUUCGCAGACCUUGUGACAUACGAACCAUUUCCAGUUUGUGAAAAUAAUUGUAACAAUAGCCCUCACCUGUAUUGUGAUCAGUUAAGACUUGUUUGCAUAUCGAGAAUUCGGACAGCUGUACAAACGUCUGUUGCUGGCAUCGUGGCAAUGGGUGCUUCUCGUGGAGUUAGUUCAAACAUUCAGUCACAGUCACUAGCGAGGGCCGUAGCAAGGGGACCACUACCGGUAGGAAGGAAGUUUAGUGACUCUCCAUUCAUUGACAUUCGUAAUCGCCCCGACAACAUAGGGACCGCUCGUGCUGCUCCACAAAUCCGCAGGGCUAGUUCGCAGGUGAGAACAAGAGCUCGACGCGUGCAGCGUGCGGUUUCCCAGAAUGCAGCAUUUCAAGAAAACCAUCUUCAAUCUGUUUCUUCUCUUGAACGAUCUUUUACAAAUACGUUUGUCAUUGACGGAGUUGUGGAUGUGAAACGUUGGGUUUAUAUUCCUGUACGUAUCGUCUAUAGCAGAUCCAAAAAUCUCAAGGGUAUCGAUCCGACAUUGUUUGGAACAGUUAACCAAUCACAAGAGAAAUGUCAGACCGCUCACUCUGGUGCUUCCAAAGUAUUUGUAUCUUCCAAUGGUCUGAACUAUUACGGGAUGUAUACGGAAUAUGCUAUCAUAGACAACAGACAACCAGUUUACAGUACUGCAAUGGUUGUAGGAGUCAAAAAUCCAGAAUAUGGUGAAGGAGAGACGUUGUUUACAGCAUAUGAUUCGUGUGGUAGACCUUGCCGACCUGUUUGCCAGACGUCAAUCAACGGCCAAAGGAACUACAAGGGUUGUUCUGGGGCCUUUAGAAUCUCUACGUCUUUCCCUCAGAUGUACUCCAUUACCUAUGGUGAUGCUUUAGAUUCUACUCUGAUGACAUAUAGUAACGUAGCCCACGCCGACUAUCCGGUUCCCGCCCUGACAUUCGUGUGUGACAACAGCAAUGUCUGGCCUUGGGAUCACUGAUGAAUUUCAAAUUGUAUUGACUUUAUUUUCAUUCCUGUUAUCGUCCAUAUAUUGUAUAUGUUAUUCUAGCGGAGUAUAACAAUGUAACGGUAAUGGUUUUAACUUUUUGAUGGCAUCAUGCAUAAUAUUUUAAAAUACAUUCCGGCAAAAUGAAAUGUAAUGGUACGGUUCUGCAAAACUGUCAUUCUUCUUAGAUAUUUAUUUUGUAACGAUACCUGUAAAGAAAUAAUUACGUGAUUAAAAUAA